AUGAAGCUGUGUCGUGGCAAGAUAAGGGAUUAUGCCAAAAACUGUCAACUCGACGCGAUCGUUCAAGAGUACCUGAAGUCUCAUCCUGAUUAUGAUUUGACCAGUGAAGAGAAAUCAGCGAUAAAGGAACAGAUAGUCGAGUAUGAGGCACAGCUGCACUCUCAAAGCGCUCAACCUGAAGCUGGACAUCUAAUGGCAAAUGGGGCAGUGGAUGAGGAGGAGGAGGAAGAAGAAGACGAACCUACAACCUGCCCGUGGUGUCCCCUAACCACCUCCGCCACCGGCCUGCCAUGCUCUCAACACCGCACGUGCUUCGAAUGCGGCCUUCUGAUGCCCGCUCCUGGCGUCGCCGAACAGUUGAAUCUACGGGAUCCUGGAUGUGCGUUGUGCAAGCGGGAUGUGUGCUGCCUCCUCGCCAAUGACGACACACCCUGUCGUUGUGACCAACACACUUGUGCCUCUUCUCUCAACGAAAGCCGUAAUCAUUUGCCAUUUCACGCCAAGCUGAUAAAUGACGUGGAAACGGCCCACUUGCUGACGUACAAAGCCAACAAGCGCCUCAGCGAGGUUGAUUUCGUGGACGCAGUCCUCUCCCGCUUCGCCUCGUUGACACUGCAUGACUUCAAUGACGGCCUCGAUGUCGUCGCCUUGGGCUCAAUCACCCCGGACACGCGGCUCUGUCGGCAGUGCAGGGAUCUGUGCUUCUCGCGGCUGCUGUACGGCUGGAAGAUGAGCCUGCCGCCUGGUGACCAGCGUCUGUGGCCAUCACGUCCCAACUGCUACUACGGCUACAACUGCCACACCCAGCACAGGAGCUUGCAGCACGCCGCGAAGUACAACCACUGCUGUCCGCAGACUCGAUUUCAUUAA